AUGUGCUCCCUAACUCACCUCUUCUCCUCCUUCUUUCCUUCCAGCCUGACCGGGAAAGAAGCCCUGACCCACUUCCCAUCGCUGGGGGCCCCGGGGGGCUCUGGCCCGGGCAAGGGGCAUGUGAAGCAGUGCGAGCUGCUCCAGCUGUCCCGCAAGCAGAAGCGGCUGUGCCGGAGGGAGCCGGGGCUGGCGGAGACGCUGCGGGACGCGAUCCGCCUGGGGAUCCUCGAGUGCCAGUUCCAGUUCCGCAGCGAGCGCUGGAACUGCAGCCUGGAGGGCCGGCCCAGCCUGCUCAAGAGAGGUUUUAAGGAAACAGCCUUCCUGUACGCCGUGUCCUCGGCCGCCCUGACGCACUCGCUGGCGCGGGCGUGCAGCGCGGGGCGCAUGGAGCGCUGCACCUGCGACGACUCCCCGGGCCUGGAGAACCGCAAGGCCUGGCAGUGGGGCGUCUGCGGAGACAACCUCAAGUACAGCACCAAGUUCCUGAAAAAGUUCCUGGGGCAGAAGAGGAUCGGCAAAGACCUGAGGGCCAAGGUGGACAUCCACAACACCAACGUGGGCAUCAAGGCAGUGAAGAACGGCCUCAAAACCACCUGCAAGUGCCACGGCGUGUCCGGCUCCUGUGCGGUGCGGACGUGCUGGAAGCAGCUGUCGCCUUUCCACGAGAUCGGGCGGCUCCUGAAGCUGCGCUACGACGACGCCGUCAAGGUCUUCAGCACCAGCAACGAUGCUGUGGGACACUCGGAGCUGGUGGGGCCGCACAGACACGGCCACUCGGCCAAGCAGCCCGCCCUGCCCCGCCCCACGGACCUGGUGUACGUGGAGGACUCGCCCAGCUUCUGCCGGCCCAGCAAAUACUCCCUGGGCACCGCAGGCAGGACCUGCUCCCGCGAGGGCAACUGCGACAGCAUGUGCUGCGGCCGGGGCUACAACACCCAGAGCCGCCUGGUCACCUUCUCGUGCCACUGCCAGGUGCAGUGGUGCUGCUACGUGGAGUGCCAGCAGUGCAUGCAGGAGGAGGUGGUCUACAGCUGCAAGCAGUAG